AUGCUAGACGACUUCGAGCGGGAACACUGUGCUUCCUGCAGAGCGUUGAAGUGUUGCUGCUCUGAUAUCAAGCCCACUGCGACCGAACUCACAGACAGCGGACGAAUCAGCCAAGCCAGUUGCAAAACUAAAAGCGUAGAUUCCAAAGAAGCUCCACUGGCCAAGUCACUUCCAAAACCAAAAUGGGAUAAGCAGCUUCAUGAUUCAAUAUCUACUCCUGAAAGAGAAUCAAACGAGGACGUAGAGGCUUGGGUGGAAACGGUUACACCAAGCGCCCCAGCUACAGUGCGAGAAAUAAAAAGAAAUCUCAACUUAUCGGCGACUAGUGGCGGUUUAGCAAUCCCCUGCUCCCCGUUGAAGUCAGCUUGGGUUGAUGGAGAGACGUCUAUGCAAGUAAUAGGAACCAAGAAUGCCGUGGAAAAGUUCUUCCGCAGUUUCAGAGGCUACUCACCGUAUUCACCAGCUCAAACUACUCUAUCUUUCAUGUCGAGUAGACUAGCCACAACUUUCAAAGUGACUCCGAAGAAAUCCUACGAGUAUACAUAUUUCUAA